AAAAGACGCCGGAAGUGAAAGUGUCAGUUUACAUUCGGGAAGUUGUUGAGUGACAAUCAGUGAAGUUUUAGCGUGUUUUUAAAUCAGAAGCUCCUGCAGGCUGCUGGUUUCUGGUCAUGGCUGUCGACUGGAUUGGGUUCAGCUAUGCUGCUCUGGUGUCAGCAGGAGGGGUCGUAGGUUAUGCGAAAGCAGGCAGUGUCACCUCUCUGGUCUCAGGGCUCCUGUUUGGCAUGCUGGCUGCAGUCGGCGCUUAUCUGAUAUCUAAAAAUCCCAGGAAUGUGUGGCUUUCAGUAGUUACUGCAGGAACUCUGUGUGUGGUGAUGGGACUGAGAUUUCUCGCCUCCUGGAAGUUCAUUCCAGCUGGUUUAAUGACGUUAGUGAGUUUGCUGAUAUUGGUGAAGAUCUUUGCGGGAAUGGGAAAGAUGGAAUCACACAAAUCUUGAGCUAAAAUAAACCUUUUCAGUGAGUCUAAAUAAUUUAAAUAAAUCUUACAGCAUUCUAGUUUUUUUUUUCCUACUAGUCUUGUUUUAUCCAUCCAUCCUCUUCCACUUAUCACAAGGGUCACAAGAGGGGACUUGAACCUGUUCCAGCUGUCAGAGGGCAAGAGGCAGGGUACACCCUGAACAGGCCAUCAGCCUGUUGCAGGACUAACACAGAGAGACAGACAUUUUUCACUCGCACCUGCGGCCAAUUUAGAAUCACCAAUUAACCUAACCCCACUAAGUGCCUGGUACCUGGAGAAAACCCACAAAAACAUGGGCAAAACCUGCAAACACCAUACAGAAAGGUCCCGUCCAAGGUGGAUUCAAACACAGGACCUUCUUGCUGUGAGGCAAUGGUGCUAACCACUGCACCGCCCCUCUUGUGAAACAGGAAUGUAGAAGAAGGGGUUCCUGGAGGCUGUCCUGCCUGAGAUUACAUGGCCCUCAUAGUUUCUUUGUAUGAAAAAUGUUUUUAAAUAAAAUAUCG